GUUUCCUGUUUGAUGCUUUUCUUUGGCAAAGAUGGCGGAAGUGAAAGAAGUGAAAGCUUUGACGUGUGGAGUGAUCACAACGGUUCUUUUAAGUUCCGCUGUUUUUGCAUUUGUGAAGGACCUCGAUGACACAUUCAAAGACAACAGAAUGGACGAUGUCUGGCUGGUGGAUUUUUAUGCUCCCUGGUGUGGAUAUUGUAAGAAGCUGGAACCAGUCUGGCAUGAGGUAGGAGCUGAGCUAAAGAACUCUGGAUCACCAGUCCGAGUGGGAAAGAUGGAUGCCACUGCAUACUCUGGCAUGGCUUCUGAGUUUGGAGUACGAGGAUAUCCCACAAUAAAACUACUAAAGGGGGAACUCGCUUAUAAUUAUAAAGGACCCAGGACCAAAGAUGACAUCAUUGAAUUUGCUAACAGAGUGGCUGGGCCCUCUGUGCGGUCACUCCCAAGCAAACAGAUGUUUGAGCAUGUCUUGAAGAGGCACAACGUACUAUUCGUGUACAUAGGGGGAGAGUCACCACUCAAGGAGAAGUACAUAGAUGUGGCUUCUGAACUUAUUGUUUACACCUACUUUUUCUCUGCCUCUGAGGACAUCAUACCUGAGCAGUAUGUGACAUUGUCUGAACUGCCCUCAGUGGUUGUGUUCAAGGACAGGACCUAUUUCACUUAUGAUGAGUAUGAAGAUGGCAGCUUGGCAUCAUGGGUGAACAGGGAACGUUUCCAAAGUUACCUGCAGAUUGACGGCUUCACACUCUAUGAGCUGGGAGAGACUGGUAAAUUGGUAGCAAUCGCUAUCAUUGAUGAAAGGGUUGCAACAGAGGAAAGCUUGAGGUUAAAGAGUCUCAUACAGAGAGUUUCAACUGAGUACAGGGACAACUUUUACAGAGAUUUCCAGUUUGGCCAUAUGGAUGGUAAUGACUACAUCAACAGCCUCAUCAUGGGUGAGGUAGCUGUGCCUUCUGUCAUUGUCCUCAACACAUCUAAUGAGCAGUACUUCCUGCCCAGUGAGCCCAUGGAGAGUAUGGAGCAACUGAUCACCUUCAUCAAGAGUGUCCGGGAUGGCACGGCUCAGGCUUAUGGAGGGGACGGUUUUUCCCAGAGACUCAAACGUGUGGCCUAUGAUGCCAGAUCCACCAUCAUGUCUGUGUUCCGCAGUUCUCCGGUGCUGGCCUGUUUCCUCUUCGGCCUGCCGUUAGGUGUCAUUAGCCUCAUGUGCUAUGGCAUAUGCACAGCUGAGUCAGACGAUGACGCUGAGCUGAUAAAAAGAGAGGGACUGACAGAUGAGGAGGAGGAAGAGGAGGAGGAAGAUGUGAGACAGCAUCUGGCUGCACGGCUCAAUGGCCCAGGAAAGGGCGAUGAAGUAGAAGAAGAACUAGAGGAAAAGCGAGCAGCGGAGGAGAAGAGUGAAGCAGAGAAAAAGCAUGAUUAACACAGGGGAGGUGUGUGGAUGAAAGGGAGGAGGAUUACAGUAAUGCAGACAUUAAUCAUUUAUCUGGUUUCAGAUUUUUAAAUCACUCCUGCACUCUGACUUAAUUGCUGUAGGGCUUAAAAUGUGAGUUUGGAAAGGUUUUUUUUUUUUUUUAGUGAGUUCCUUUUUUUUAAUUUGUAACUGUUUAUAAGAGUUAUGGAGUCAGGUGAGGAUAUGUAAUAUCAGAGUUGUUGCUCUGAGGAUCAUCUGAAUGGCAAAUGGAUUGUCAUUUCUGCUGGGUGUGAAGAGGGAAAAAAAUCCCUCAUAUUUGGACUAAGAAACUUGAAAUCGUAAUUUUGUCCGUUUUCAUCAGUCAUUCUGUUUUAUAUGCUACACAUCAUCCUGUGUGGCAUUUUAGUCCAGUGCUCAUUUAUCCAUCUAUCCACUGUGCAAAUUGCUCUUGCUUUGGUGCACUUCUUUGGUGUUGAUGAUAGCUAUAUUAGAUGUAGAUAUUAGCGAUGUUUUAACCAUGCUAUAUCUAUGUUAAGCUCCAUGCUGUAAAGCAGGAGUAUGAGAUUUGAACAUAAAAAGACUCAGGGUUCAUGAUAAUAGAGGUUUCAAAUGCAGCAUAAUUUCCCUGCUAGAAAACAAACACAAAGUAAUAAUCUUAAAAAGCUAUAAAGGCAUUACUCAAAAGAGAUUUGACAGAUUACGUAAGCGUGCAAUUAUCAUCAGUGUGUGGAACAAACAAUUAAGCAAGAGAUUAAUCAAGAUAUAAAAGGUAUACUGAAUCAAUGUUACAUAUGCAGUAAAACAUGCGAACGGGGCCUUUACUUCUAGACUUGGCCAUCUUCAUGCAAGCAGAACAUCUUUCAAGCUAGUUUCGAGUUUGGGUUUACAUUUGGUCUAUGCCCAGUUGGUGAAUAUAGAAAUAAUAAGGCGCACAUCCAGAAUUUUGCAUCACCAUUGCCAGUAAAUUCCAUUUUUUGCAAGGUAGUAGAAGCAGUUCAAGUUAAUUGCACUUUUCUCAUAUGAAAAGUUAUGUAUGGUUUGGGCAACGGUUAAUGCUUAUAGCUUUUUUGUGACAUCUAAAAUUUAACAAAGAUGUCAUCACAUAAUAGAACACAAGUAAUCAAGAUAGAAUGUUUAAAACUGUAUUUUGGAUAGGAUUUUCCCACCUGUGUAUAUCUGUCUUUUCACUGUUGGGUUUGUGGCUUAGAAAUGAACUGAACUAAUGUGGGUUAUACAAAUGCCAACACACUGCAUUAAGAUAAUAUUACCGUACGCACUGAACACACUGGAGAUGUGAUGUCCAGUUACUUUCUGCUAAAGAAAGAUUUUGAUCAAAAGUUACAUCUGCAUGAAUUUCUUUCCUUUUUUUCUUUUUUCUUUUCCUUGUUUUGGAUUCAUUCAAAUCCACAUUUAUCAUUAAAGUAGUUCAAGACGGUUCAGAAAAAGAAGUACAUUAUGCUGAUUAAUACAGCAAAGAGAUGGCAGGAUAAAUGUAUUGUGCCACUAAUAUACUUUUCUAAAGUAACUUGAUGAUGGUUAUAAAUAUGAUGGUUAAAAAUAAAAUUAGCAUUUUGAAGGCUGAGGAGUGAAGAAGAGAUGAUUAUCUUGAGAUUUUAUAUAUUUAUAUAAUAUAUAUAUAUAUAUAUAUAUAUAUAUACACGCACAUCCUAUAUGUACUCAAAAUCUGCUUCAACUAAUCCAAUAGCAAUAAUGUAAUUAGGUAGUUCUUCUUCUUCAGACCACAGUGAGACAACUUGAUCUUAAAAUUCUAAUGAAGAAACAGACUCCCAGGCAUGGACUGUUUCUUGGUGUAUUAUUUAGUAGACAACAUUUUUAAAGCUGAGAAUUAACUGAAGGCGGUUAUAAAUAAUUGUUUGCAAAGCCUACCACCUGAGCUUUCAAGAAAAAUGUAAGCAUCCUUUACAAAAGUAUAUCCCACUGUGGGCCCUCAAUAUUGCUCUUACUUCGUCUAGUUUAUGCCCACAUUAACGUUUGUACAAGCUUUAUAAAAGGUUUGUCCCUUAUGCCAUUGCUUGGUACAUUACAACAUGUAAAUUUUACAAGUCCCAUACUUAUAAUAAGAAAAUUCCAUGUGGCUAGUUUAUGAACUGCAUGUUUAUGACUUGAAGUUCUCAUUAUGUUCUACUAUUUUUUUUUUUAUAGAUUUUUUUUAUCAUGGUGUUUAUGGGCUUUGCAAAGAAUGAAUUAUUAGUUGGUAUGCAUAUUGUCUCCUGACAGAAGUCAAAUAAAUGCUGUAAUCCCCCCCUCCCCCCACCACACCCUACCCCACCCUACCCUUUCUUUGUUGAUUAAGUCCUCCAAUGUCUUGGCUGAUUCUCUCUUCUUGCUGAUUUUUCAUGAUUUCUGUCAUAACAUUUGAUUAAAAUUAUUAUUUUGA